CGCAGAGUGAAACGGAGGAGGUCCUUACUGAGUCGAAACUGCAGUAGAGCCCUGCAGGAGUUACAGCAAUUCAUUUAGUCUGAAGAGUGUUUAUUAUUAGAAAUGAAUAGCUAAUUGCUGUUACUGGAGACGUACGCUUUAAUCUCGCACAGAGAACCGACGGGAUUGUUGUAAGCCAAGGGGCCUACAGAAUUCAGCAGGACUGGGAGUGUUUGUAUCGGUCGUUUGUUUUCCGCGGUCGGGGGGUGGAAACUGAGAGUUUAGCAAGGAAGGGGGCCUGUCAGAGCUGCAUCUCCAGAGCCGAUUGCACAGGAUAACCGCAGCGGGGAGACUGGACAGACGCUGAUCAAACAGCAGCAGAUACAGGGAAUCGUCGUCUCGCUUGAAUUUCUCAGCGGGAUUGAAAAGGAAUCCUCCGGUGUGUUGGGACGUACAGAAUACAAGGAACGGAAAACACUGACGCAAACAGUCACCUGAAAAUCAUUCUAAACCAAGGAUCAAGUGUACAGUUCACGACAGCUCUCCCUUAGAGAAAAAAAAAGUUAUAACCAGGAUAUGUCCAAAAAUUGAGAACUGACAGUGGACACACCUAUACGAAAAGAUCCAGACGAGAUACCACAACGUAUGCGUGAGAUCUUCAAAAAAAAAUACGCCCGCAUUGCCCAGUUACCCGGACCACGCAAUACAUUGCUACAGUCGAAAGCGCAUUUGUUUUGCAGCGGUGGGGUGAGCUUUUAAUAAACAUGUGCGGAAUAACAAUAAGAAAAAGAAACAGCAGCAGCAUGAAUAUAUUUUCUCCUCGGGGCUGGUAGUGAUAACAGUGAAGCACGGGCAUCGGUAUCUGGAAGAGCCGUAAUUCGUUAUUUAUAAUUGGAGAGAGAAAGAGAGCUAUACAUAUAAAUACAUUUCUGGCUAGUGCCAGGGAGUCUGGUCAGAUUGUAUUUUGGAAACAUACAACCAGAGGCCUUACGUAAUCAAUAGUAAAGAAACAACCGUUAAUCGCAUUACUUUCAUCUGAACUUUAUCAGUAUAACGUUUCAGUAUAAUUUGAGGGCUGAAGCAGACUUGUUGAAGGGAAAAUAGGGUACGUGGCCUUGCCAAAGGUACCAUUCAAUAUAUUCUAUGAUUUAAGUACAUUCUGCUAGUAUACUGUUAUCUAUAUGUAUUUUAGUUUAAAGCAGAUGUGUAAAGUUAAUACAUUAGCAUUGUCAUUUUCUAGAAUUCAGGACCACCAGAAUGCCAAACUCGGAAUUUGCUUUAAUGUUUUUAGUUUUUAAAUAAAAGCGUUGUCACGCAAACUGUAUGUUUGGAAUGUUAAUUUUUAACAAGUACAGACCGUGUAUUCGAGUUGCAUUAUAAUUCGUUGAACAUUUGUAAAAGAUGACAGCAACAUUAACUUACGGUAGUUUUACGGCAACAGUAUAUUUGUUGUGAAUUUUUUGAGGAAACGGAUAUUUAAUUAAUCAAAUGUGAGCUGUGCAGGAUGGGGAUCCGAUUUUACUUACAGCUCUGAGUAGUUUGAAGAAUUUGAAUUGCUCCUAGACUCUGCAAAAUAAAACAGUUGUUUUCUGGAACUAAAACAGAUCGAAGGAUUCCCUCCCUCCCUCCCUUUUGUAUUGCACAGACAGAAUCAGGGAGAUAUUUAUUGGAGCUAUACUACGAGAAAACCCCAGGAAGGAUUGUGUUGCAACUAGCAAAGCCUCGCCAUCUUAUACUCGUUGACUUAAACUCGAUAUAUAAUACAUUUAACGCAACAUGAUGGAUUUCAGCAAGAUGGUCACCGUUUGGAUAGUGUGUCUGUGUGUCUUGAGUGAGAGCCGGGCAGAAAAGCUGCAGCAAGGAGGCCAGCCCCAAGCAGAGCAAGAAGCAGAUCCCUGGGUCUCAGAGCUGUGCCGCAUUGAUGAAGUUCUGUGCCAGGAUGAGGCCGCCACCCUGAGCUUCGAAGCCAUCCGCAACAUCCACAAGCAGAUGGACGACGAUGCCAAUGGGAAUGUGGACGCGGUGGAGACCGAUGGGUUCCUGAGGGAAGACCUGAACUACCACGACCCCAAAGCCAAGCACAACACCUUCCACAGAGAGGACCAGCUCAUCAGCGUCGAGGACCUGUGGAACUCCUGGAAGGCAUCCGAAGUGUACAACUGGACAGUGGAUGAAGUGGUGGAAUGGCUCAUUACUUACGUGGAGUUACCCCAGUAUGUAGAGACAUUCAGGAAAUUAAUGCUCAAUGGCAGUGACAUGCCCAGGCUGGCUAUGAAAAAUGCUACACUGACUGGCUCUGUUCUCAAGAUAGUGGAUCGCAGCCACGUGCAGAAGCUCCAUCUGAAGGCACUGGACACUGUGCUGUUUGGACCCCCACUGAUGAACCGUCACAACCACCUGAAGGACUUCAUGCUGGUGGUGUCCAUUGUGAUCGGGAUAGGCGGCUGCUGGUUUGCCUACAUCCAGAACCGCUACUCCAAGGAGCACAUGAAGAAAAUGAUGAAGGACCUGGAGGGGCUCCAGAGGGCAGAGCAGAGUCUGGACGACUUGCAGCAGAAGUUGCAGAUCGCCCAGGAGGAGCACCGCACUGUGGAGGUGGAGAAGGUAACUCUGGAACAGAAGCUGAGAAACGAGAUCAACUGUGCGAAGCAGGAAGCCCAGAGACUGAAGAAGCUGAGGGAGGGGACUGAGAACGAGCUGAGCCGGCAGAAAUAUGCAGAGGAGGAGCUUGAUCAGGUGCGGAUGGCCCUAAGGAAGGCAGAGAAGGAGCUGGAGUCUCGCUCUAGCUGGUCUCCUCCAGAAUCUCUGCAGAAGUGGCUGCAGCUUACCCAUGAGGUGGAGGUCAUGUACUACAACAUCAAGAAGCAGAAUGCAGAGCGCCAACUGCUGACCGCCAAAGAGGGGGCUGAGAAGAUUAAAAAGAAGAGGAACACGUUCUUUGGGACGUUCCAUGUUGCACACAGCUCCUCGCUGGAUGAUGUCGACCAUAAAAUCUUGUCUGCAAAGCAGGCGUUGAGCGAGGUGACAGCCACCCUAAGAGAGCGACUCCACCGCUGGCAGCAGAUUGAGAUGCUGACCGGCUUCGCCAUUGUCAAUAACCCUGGCCUCCCCACACUGGCCUGCGCUCUGAACUUGGACCCCAGCUUCAUGGGGGGCCGCCCCACUCCCCAGCACUUUAUCAUGACCGACGACGUCGAUGAUAUGGAUGAGGAAAUGAUGUCUCCUGGCACCCUCCAAUACGCAGCCUGGUUGAUGGACCGCCAAUCCAGUGAUCACUGGCCAAUCAGCUCAGAGAAUAACUCCCUGUGGAAAUAUCCGGCUCCCAGUAUGAUGUCCCUGCGGCAGCGGCACAUCGACCCUCAGCUGGCAAUGGGCUCUCAGAGGUUGGUAGAGGGUUAUGUCCCGGGUCAGCAGGGCGAGGGCAGCCUUUACCAGACCAGGACUAGGGCUUCCCUGCGGCAAGCUUGCAGUCACUCAUUCGGGCAGUUUGAGGCUUCUGGACCCCCCCCUCACCCUUCUUCUGCUCCCUCGCACCCCUCCAUCUCCUCUUCUUCCUCAUGUGGCUCCUCCCCUGCCCAUUCUGUCUUCCUCCAUCCCUCCCUCCAUUUCCAGCCCCUGGACACAAUUCCAGACCUCCCCCCUCCGGACAUCACCUCUGGGGUGUACCAGCGAUCCGACAGCUUGGGGGAUCUGAACCGCUCCGACUCAGACUCCUCCCUUUCUCAGCUUAGCGAGCAGCAGCGGCUCUCCAGUUCCUUAGGUUCAGGCUUCAAAUCUUACCCCAUCAAGCCCGCCUCUCUGUUCCACGGUGCCCCUGCCAGGGCCGAGGAAUCAGCCAGCGCACAUAGUCACACUCCCAACGGCGGCAACCGCAUCCUCGAGGCAGGGACCUGGCCGGAGAGCAUUUCCGACAGCCCGCUGUUAAAAAAGAAGGUGCAUGGUCAAGGGAUGGAGAAAUCAGCCAGCUUGGGAGAGAUCAACAACGCUCUGGCAGGGCUGUCCCAGUCCGAGUCCUCCCGGUCACUCAGCCCCACUUCCACUGAGCCUGACACUCCCUCCCCGACUGGGGAAACCAAGCAGGAGGCUUCCAUAAAAACCAGCCGCAUCCCACAGCUCUCCACUAAGAAGAGCCCACUGGAGGAGGACAGCGGUUCCACCGGUGAAGACACAGACACAAACGUCAGCCGGAAGAAACACACGUUCAAGAUAUUUAAGAAACAGAAGAAGUAACGUGUUUCAGAAUUUCACAUGACAAAGGGGUUAUGUUUUUAUUUUUAUUGUUUGUUUUUUUUUUUUUUUUUUUUUUUUUUUAUGUAGAGAUAGAAAGGUUGAUGGGGGAAAAAAAAAAACUUUAUUGCGAGAUAUAUAAAUGGCCGGUUUGUAGCGGCUGAAACACUGUCUUUGAGAUUUGAGGGUCCUUGUACCGAGGAACUGAAAGAAACUAGGGAAUUAUUUUGGGGAGUUGUAACGUGCUGUUUAUUCUGCAGGAAUCUGUGCCAGUCUUUUCCAAGUUUAAGGGAAAAUGAAUGCCCCAAGUUUGGUUCUAAAUUAAUUUUUGAGUACAUUUUUUAGGUUGCAUGUCUUUAUUUAAUUUUUUUUAUUGUGAUUGAUGCAGUGGGUGUUUGCUUGCUUUUUGUCGUUUUUCGCUUAACAACCAGCACAGAAAAAUACAAUUUGUCAGAGAGGGGCGUUCAAUAUUAGUGAGACAACAAAAAAAAAAGAACAGACUAUUACUGAAUCUCUCCAUCAAGAGUAAUCGGACAGUGUUUAACGCAGUAUCUUGUGGUGUACUGUAUCUGAUUAGACAGGAAUCUAACCUAGAAUGUCAUUAAAAUUCAAACAAAGCAAUUUACAUUUAAUGGGAGGACAAACUCCGGCUUCGAACUGGGGGGGGAGAGGUGCUAAGUUAUUAUAAUUUUUUUGCUUAAGAAUUCAUUAAACCUAAAUUUGGUCUUAAAACAAGAAACUGUGCCCGUAUGAAUGCUCAACGUCCAGUAUUUGUGUAUUGCAUUGGGAAAUUAUCUAUCUCUUUGCCUUUUCAAAUACUGCCUGAAGUUGACAGAGUGGCACUGCUAAGGACACAGAGCACAAAAAAAACCACAAAUCCAUUGGAUCAGAAUUCAGGAACCCACUGAAAUUGCCCCAGUGUUUGCUGUGUUGUUUCUUUUGUGCAUGACUCAAUAAAAACCAGGGGCUUUUUUUAACUGUGCUCUUGUUUACCACGGCUGCCAGGGAGAGCUGAACUCGACUGACUUCUCCUGUAAACAAACUUCCUGAAGAUGAUGAGUGCUGUGCUGUUAGUUCAGGUGGAGGGAUGAGUUAGCAACAACAAAAAAUAGAUAUCUUUUGCUGAUCCUUGUCUGCAUUAAUCAGAGAAAUCCUGUCAUUUUGAGAUUUACCAAAUCAUUCCUUAAGGUUACCAGACUGUUGCUUCCAUCCACCAACAGUAGCACAGCUCUUAACCAGAAUGUGCUGGGUCAUUGGACAGCAACCAACUUUCUGCCUGCUAAAGCUUACCAUAGUACACCCAUGAUCUCAUGGAUUGAAAUCAAAGUGUCUUCCCACAGUCCAGAGCUCAGUGGAGGAAUGAAAUUGUUAGGUGAUCUUAGGAAAACAUUUUUAUUUUGUUUUGUUUGGUCUUCACACAUCUGAUGUGUCUGGUUUGUUUUGUCAGUCUGGGUCGAGCAGUACCAAGUUUGCAUGGUUGCCUGAGAAUCGUGGCAGCUCUUUGUGCAAUUAAUCUUUUCUUUAUUGACAAAAAUAUAGUGCUUUGAAAUACGGUUCUGGGACUGAUCUGAAAAGUACACCACAGGAAUUGAAACUCCAUUCUUGGCUUGUCUGUUUGCCUGUUCUGAAUCCUGUAUUAUAUCUGUGUUUGUGUCUUUACAUGCACACUGUAAAAUCAGAAAUGUAUGAAAAUGCUUAAAUAUAUUUUAAUGUAUUUGUCAGAAAAAAAAGUUUCUUCAAGCUGUAAUAAUCAAAUUAUGAAGACAAAUAGAAUUUUGAUCUACUGGGUGGUUAUAAGACACUUGCAUUGAACUGCUGCUGUGGAAAAAGCUUUCAAUAGCGGCAAUAGGAUUACCACAAUAAUAAUGGGGCUGUAACGCAAUGCCUGUAUGUGUUCUGCUAUUAACUUAUUUUUAUUGUCACCAUUCAGUGUGGUAAGGAGUGUGCCCCCUGUCCCUGCCACAGCAGGUGACUGAUAUAACCUGUACAGUAAAAAAUAGACAGUUUUGAAAGCUUUGUUUGAACAGAAUUGUCAAAAUAAGGGGCUUUUUCUUUAAGUGUUACUUAAAGGUGUCCUCAGAAACUGAAAUAUCCAAAAAGUGUUAGAAACUCCAGACACUGGUGUAUGUCAGCUUCAGCGGCUGUUGCCCAGGCCCACCACUUCCUAGCUAACUCUGUAAGAUAGUGUGGUCAGAGUGGAGUAGAAAUGGAUCAAGGAAAACCUGCCAAAAAUAUGAGGGUCCACACAUUUGUUUGCGCGACCCUGUCGCUGUUUAACCCUUUGAUUCCCAAUGGCAUUCCUGAACAGUAAAUCCGUACACCCUUGGGAAUCGAAGGAUUAUUGGCUGCUGUUUGUGAUAGCACUACUAUAUUUGUACCCGCGGAGCAUUGAGCUGCUUUCUUUGAACUGAAACAAGCAUCCACAUACUGUACCAGCGCAGGGGGGUCUUCAUUGGUUUUAUUUCCUUUUAGUGCAUGAUUCUUGUAAUGCCAGGUGACGUCUCUCUAGUGCUCAGUUUCAUUGUACGCUGGCAACAGCUUUAAAUGUAAAAGAAAAAAACAAAACUGGUGUCUCAUCCCUGUUCUGUAAAGCCAUUUUACUGGUAAUUUCAUUCAUCAGAAAGGUUUUAAUGUAUCUCCCCUUGAUUGGUCUGAAAGCUAACCCUUUUGGAAGGACAACGAGCUGUUAUUGGUUUGCACGUUUGUACCAGAGCUUUUGAAGUCCCAGACUGACUGAGCCAGGGACAGGCUUCACUGACAGGCAGUAGCGGCUUGGACAGAGGUAAAUGUAUGCUGCUGCUUCAGUCCUGCUUCCCCCAGCACUUGAGAAAGUGGACAAUGAAUAGAUGCCAGAGAAAAUUGGUCAUAAAUACUAUAGUCACCACUGAAAAUAAGUGGACACAGAAAAUACUGUCACUGCUCUUGUCAGACACUUGUAAAUAGCCAGCAGGUUAUCAGACAUUUCAAUCUAAAUCUUCUCAUCAGGUUUAGGAGCUACUUAAGGUGAGCUGACAGGCUUCACUCACAUAGGUGCAUAACCUUGCACAAAUCUCUCACCCAGACAUACUCACGCACUCAUAUUCACACAUGUAUCGUCAGCUGCUGUAAUUGGAGCUUCAAACAGGAGGCUUCAGUGUCUCUGGGGUUACUGAAAUGGAGAUUCCUUCACAGAAAUACCCUUGCAGUUAAUUACACAUGUUUCCCUAUAUAUACUCCUAUGUACCCAUAAUAACAGUGCGUAUCGGUUAUGCAGAUUGUAGAAUCAGGAAACCGGCAUAUAGCUAUACGUUCAUGAAUAAAUAUGUGCUGUUGAAUAGGAGUUUCUCUGUGCCUUCGAAGAGCGGAAAACUAUUUGGUUCCCAAAACUUUGUUUUCAAAGUUUGUAACUCUGGAGACCACAUAGAAACCAAAAUGAAUGCAAAUUAAUGUACUGCAUUUGACAUUAGAAAAGAGCUGUUUUUUUUUAUUGUUUGUACUGUACAUAACUGAUGUUUCUAAGAAUGUGUUCAUGCACGAAGUUGUGUCUCAUGACCCCUUUUUCCUCCGAAUCGAAGUUUAUAUAUUUUUUAUUUUCAGCAAGUCACUUUUUUGUAAAGAGCAAUAGUUUGCCAGUGAAUACUAGUAAUAGCAAGUCUGGGUUUGAAAGUUCACUUUUACAUGGAAAUGAAUAGACUAUGGGUUGAAUCACUGUUACACAGAGCACCUCGAUUAACUGCGUGUUUAAAGACCCAGUUAUAUGUGUGACACUGUCUGUCUUGUCUAUCGCCAGCACCAGGCUGCUCUCUUGGUAGUGGUGUGAAGCUUUUUGCCAGCGCAUGCUACCUGCUGUCUUGGCUUAAUCGGGGUGAAGGGAAAGAAAUUUUCAGAUGUGUUUUUUUUUUUUUUCUAUUGUCCCUUCUGCUUAUGUUUAUGAAAUAAGUAAAACUUUGUACCAAGUUCUGCAUCUGCUGUAACCUUCUGGACACUAGUCUCCAGAACUUUUUGGCACUCCUGCAUGAAGCAAUAAACUAUUUUGAAUGAAA